UGGAGCGGGUCUCUGGAUGUUCUAAAACAAAAGACUGAGCCUAUCGAGGCUCAGUCUGAUGCUGGAGCCGGUGCUCAGGCUUCAUUGAUGAAAUGUUUACUGCAGGGUAAACCUCGCUCAUCUGCGUUCUCAAAGGAUGGGGAUUUUAUUAUUGGAGGUGUUUUUUCGAUCCACUACAAUCCGUACACGGUGGUUUAUAACUACACAGCCGAGCCUGAAAGCUCAAGGUGCACCGGGAGCCUCAUUCCUCGGGAACUGCGUUUCUCUCGCACCAUGAUCUUUGCUAUUGAGGAGAUCAACAACAGCACAGAGCUGCUGCCGGGCAUCAGACUAGGAUAUCAGAUCUACGACUCGUGUGCCUCAGUUCCAGUGGCAGUGCACGUGGCAUUUCAACUCUCAAAUGACCAGGACCCUGUGUUUUACUAUGGAAAGAAUUGCUCUCAGUCCGGUGUAGUACUGGCUGCAGUUGGUGAGUCUGGAUCCACACCAUCUAUUAGCAUGCUGCGUAUUUUUAGGUCCUUCAACAUGCCUAUGGUCAGCCACUCUGCCACGUGUUCCUGUCUGUCAGACAAGCAGCAGUACCCAACGUUUUUCAGAACAACACCCAGUGACCAGUUCCAGGCUGAUGCACUGGCCAAGCUGGUGAAACACUUUGGCUGGACUUGGAUAGGAGCUGUCCGCUCUGACUCAGAUUAUGGAAAUCAUGGGAUGGCAUCUUUUCUUGCUGCAGCACAGAGAGAGGGAAUCUGUGUGGAAUAUUCCGUAUCCUUCUAUCGGACCGACCCACGUAGCAAGAUCCAGAGAGUAGCUGAUGUCAUCCGCAGUUCGACAGCUGUAGUUGUCGUGGCAUUUGCAGCAUCAGGAGAAAUGAGGGUGCUGUUAGAAGAGCUGGCUCUGAAGCUUCCACCACCUCGUCAGUGGAUCGGAAGCGAGGACUGGAUAACUGACCCGUACUUAAUAAGCUUCAGCUUCUGUGCUGGAGCCAUCGGAGUUGCCAUUCAGAAAUCUGUAAUCCCCGGUCUGAGAGAGUUCCUAAUGGAGCUUUCUCCCUCUGAAGUAGCUGCCUCCUCUGUGCUGACUGAGUUCUGGGAGGAUUCCUUCAGCUGCACGCUGACACAAUAUGCUGAUCCAGAUAGAAGAUCAAAAGUGUGUAAUGGAACGGAGGACCUAAAAACUCUCCAAAACCCGUACACUGACACAUCUCAGUUAAGAAUUACCAACAUGGUGUACAAGGCUGUUUACGCAAUAGCUCAUGCUAUUCACAACUCUGUGUGUGUGGAAACAAACUUCACGAGUUGGUGUGACAAAAACAUUGGACUUGAGCCUGCAAAGGUGCUAGCUAAACUGAAAAAAGUCAACUUUUCUCGCAAUGGUUACCCUGUGUCAUUUGAUGCUAAUGGGGAUCCUGUAGCUUUUUAUGAGCUGGUCAACUGGCAGAAGAGUGAGCGUGGAGUUAUUGAGCUGGUAACAGUAGGGUACUAUGAUGCAUCACUGCCUAAAGGACAGGAGUUUCAUAUCAGCAAGAAUCUACGCUGGGUGGAGGGUGGUACACAAGUCCCAGCAUCAGUGUGCUCUGAGAGUUGUCCACCAGGAAGUCGUAAAGUCCUGCAGAAAGGAAAACCCAUCUGCUGCUAUGAUUGUAUACCAUGUCCUGAAGGAGAGAUUAGUAACACAACAGAUUCUCCAGACUGUUUCCCGUGUCCCAGUGAAUUGUGGCCUAAUGCACAAAGAGACGCUUGUUUCCCCAAACCUGUGGAGUUUCUUUCCUAUGAUGAAGUCCUGGCAAUCAUCCUGGCUGCAUUCUCUGUUAGUGGGGCCUGUCUGGCCAUCAUAACAGCAGCUAUUUUCUUUCAUCACAGAACAACUCCAAUUGUCAGAGCCAACAACUCUGAGCUGAGCUUCCUGCUGCUCUUCUCUCUGACUCUGUGUUUCUUAUGUUCAUUAACUUUCAUCGGAGCUCCCUCUGAUUGGUCCUGCAUGCUGCGACACACAGCGUUUGGUAUCACCUUUGUUCUCUGUAUCUCCUGUGUUCUUGGCAAAACUGUAGUGGUUUUAAUGGCCUUUAAAGCUACACUUCCAGGUAGUAAUGUCAUGAAAUGGUUUGGGCCUCCACAGCAAAGAAUGACUGUUGUGUUUUUUACAUUUGUUCAAGUCAUAAUCUGUACUGUGUGGCUGUUACUCAGCCCUCCAUUCCCAAUGAAGAAUGUGAGCACAUACAAGGAGAAGAUCAUCCUGGAAUGUGCAUUAGGUUCUGCUGUUGGGUUCUGGGCUGUGCUCGGGUACAUUGGCCUGCUGGCUGUUUUCUGCUUUGUGUUAGCUGUUCUAGCUCGGAAACUACCUGAUCAUUUUAAUGAAGCCAAGCUGAUAACCUUCAGCAUGCUGAUAUUCUGUGCAGUGUGGCUCACCUUCAUCCCAGCAUAUGUCAGCUCUCCUGGAAAAUUGACUGUAGCUGUGGAGAUAUUUGCUAUUCUGGCCUCCAGUUUUGGACUAAUUCUGUGUAUAUUUGCUCCAAAGUGUUUCAUCAUAAUAGUUCAGCCUGAGAAGAACUCCAAGAAAUACGUAAUCAAUAAAAACCCUGAGAAUUAUGGGAUUUCACCCAACAAAUCAUCAGAGACUAAUCCUGUCACAACCCCCACCACCACCCCCAUCCCCCCGUCAUGGUGGAGCAAAGGAUCAGACCCGGUACGAGGUGCUCAAGCCCCCACCCACCCCCCUGCCACGUCUCUUUCCCCGACCACGGACACGGUGACGCAGAACAUCGGACGAGACUCCCUGUUGCUGCGUGCUGAAGCCACGCUUUCAGUCUCACUAGAAGACCGCAGAUCAUCCUCGGAAAGGAAAUAUUCCUCCUCGGAAUCCGAAUCUGCCAAAAUGGAGAUGAAAUGUGUCUUCAGAGAGAUGAGAUUAGUGGUGAGCUUGUUAGUUUUGGUGUCAGUUGUUGUCUUUGGUGGUUCUGUAGAUGGUCUGAUACAGAGGACUGGGAAAAUAAUGGAUUUGAUUGGUGCUGGCGUUCCGAUUGAAUCUUUUUCAAAGAAAUGUACCCUACAAGGUACCCCCCGUUUACCAGCAUUUUCAGAGGCAGGUGAGGUUGUUAUCGGAGGAGUUUUCUUCAUACACUACAUGAUGCAAACGGUGAUCAAUAACUACACCACCAAGCCAGAGCCUCCGGUGUGCACGGGGAGCCUUAAUCUUCGCAACCUGCAAUAUUCUCUUGCAAUGAUCUUUGCUAUCGAGGAGAUCAACAACAGCACAGAGCUGCUUCCAGGCAUCAAACUUGGAUAUCAGAUCUAUGAUACCUGUGCUUCGGUGACUGUAGCUGCUGAUGUUGCAUUUCAAUUGUUAAAUGGUCAAGACUCUGUGCUUUACAAAGACAGCCAUUGUUCUCAGUCUGGUGCGGUGAUGGCUGUUGUUGGAGACUCUGGAUCCACGCCAACCAUCAGCAUGUCACGCAUCAUUGGCCCCUUCAACAUUCCCCUGGUCAGCCACUUUGCCACGUGUGCCUGUCUGUCGGACAAGCAGCAGUACCCAACGUUUUUCAGAACAGUUCCCAGUGACCAGUUCCAGGCUGAUGCACUGGCCAAGCUGGUGAAACACUUUGGCUGGACUUGGAUAGGUGCUGUCCGCUCAGACUCAGAUUAUGGAAAUUAUGGGAUGGCAUCUUUUCUUGCUGCAGCACAGAGAGAGGGAAUCUGUGUGGAGUAUUCAGAAUCUUUCUAUCGAACUGACCCCCUGAGAAAGAUCCAGAGAGUAGCUGACGUUAUCUGCAGGUCAUCAGCGACGGUUGUUGUGGCAUUUACUGCUGCUGGAGAAAUGAAGGUUUUGUUGGAAGAGCUGGCCCGGGACCCCCCACCUCCUCGUCAGUGGGUCGGAAGUGAGGGCUGGAUAAUUGAAACUUAUUUAAUGAGCUUCAGUUUCUGUGCAGGGGCCAUUGGAGUUGGCCUUCAGCAAUCAGUCAUCCCAGGUCUCAGGGAGUUUCUUUUAGAUCUUUCUCCCACUAAAGCAGCUGCCUCACCUGUGCUUACUGAGUUUUGGGAGGAUGCCUUCAACUGCAAACUAGAAAAAAGUGAGACUUUAAAAAUACAAAAAAAUAAAUAAACAAGGAUGUGUGAUGGGACUGAAGACAUAAGGAAGCUAAAAAACCCGUACACUGAUACGUCUCAAUUAAGACCUACUAAUAUGGUCUACAAGGCUGUUUAUGCAAUAGCUCAUGCCAUUACCAGUGCAAUUUGCCAGCUAACCAAUGCGUCCAUUCAGUGUGACAACCUGAACAAAAUAAAGUUGUCACAGGUUUUACCUGAAUUAAAAAAAGUCAACUUCACCCGUAAUGGUUAUCCUGUGUCAUUUGAUGCUAACGGAGAUCCUGUAGCUUUUUAUGAGCUGGUCAACUGGCAGAAGAGUGAGAGUGGAGCUAUUGAGCUGGUAACAGUAGGGUACUAUGAUGCAUCACUGCCUAAAGGACAGGAGUUUCAUUUUAAUAGAAACAUAACUUGGGUGGAGAGUGGUACGGAUGUCCCAGUAUCAGUGUGUGCUGUUAAAUGUCCUCCAGGAACUCAUAAAGUCCUGCAGAAAGGAAAACCUAUCUGCUGCUAUGAUUGUAUACCAUGUCCUGAAGGAGAGAUUAGCAACACGACAAAUUCUCCAGACUGUUUCCCGUGUCCCAGUGAAUCGUGGCCUAAUGCACAAAGAGACGCUUGUUUCCCCAAACCUGUGGAGUUUCUUUCCUAUGAUGAAGUCCUGGCAAUCAUCCUGGCUGCAUUCUCUGUUAGUGGGGCCUGUCUGGCCAUCAUAACAGCAGCUAUUUUCUUUCAUCACAGAACAACUCCAAUUGUCAGAGCCAACAACUCUGAGCUGAGCUUCCUGCUGCUCUUCUCUCUGACUCUGUGUUUCUUAUGUUCAUUAACUUUCAUCGGAGCUCCCUCUGAUUGGUCCUGCAUGCUGCGACACACAGCGUUUGGUAUCACCUUUGUUCUCUGUAUCUCCUGUGUUCUUGGCAAAACUGUAGUGGUUUUAAUGGCCUUUAAAGCUACACUUCCAGGUAGUAAUGUCAUGAAAUGGUUUGGGCCUCCACAACAAAGAAUGACUGUGGUGUUUUUUACAUUUGUUCAACUUCUCAUCUGUACUGUGUGGUUGUUACUCAGCCCUCCAUCCCCAAUGAAGAAUCUGAGCACAUACAAGGAGAAGAUCAUCCUGGAAUGUGCAUUAGGUUCUGCUGUUGGGUUCUGGGCUGUGCUCGGGUACAUUGGCCUGCUGGCUGUUUUCUGCUUUGUGUUAGCUGUUCUAGCUCGGAAACUACCUGAUAAUUUUAAUGAAGCCAAGCUGAUAACCUUCAGCAUGCUGAUAUUCUGUGCAGUGUGGCUCACCUUCAUCCCAGCAUAUGUCAGCUCUCCUGGGAAAUUUACUGUAGCUGUGGAGAUAUUUGCUAUUCUGGCCUCCAGUUUUGGACUGAUUCUGUGUAUAUUUGCUCCAAAGUGUUUCAUCAUCUUAUUUCAGCCUGAGAAGAACUCUAAAAAAUAUUUAAUGAAUAAAAAUCAACUGUAA